CAAGCAAGAAUUUGGCAAGACAUCAACAAUCCAAUGGGCACGGCCCACAGAGACCCUGAACGGCGUCAAUGUCACUCGCAGCCAGCGUGUCGACGUUGACAUUGGUAUGGAGCCAUACAGCACCAACAUUCACCCGUUAGAAAACGCCUCGGGUGAAGAGUUGGACCGCAAGCACGCCUAUGCCGUAUAA